CAUAUAAGUAGUUGACAUUAAAUUCAGCAACUUUACGACUUGAUAUAAAAAUGCCGGCAUUCUGAGAGAAUGCAUCUUUUGUGUUCGGAUAUCACAGGACCACACAUCUUCAACAUGAAAUUCCUGGUACUACUAGCGGUCUGCUUGGUCGCCGUCGCGUGCGGGCAGGGCGCCGACGCCGCCGGGCCGCCGCCUCACACAAUAGCAUCUUUCUUUGGGCGACACACCAGAAACGUGUAUGAAAGCGAAGAUGGCAAUUUGGCUCAAGCUUCAGGCGUUCUUAGCCACAGCCUGCGCGUUACCCGGGCAGUGGCCAGAGUCAGAGGAGUCCCUGGAGGGGUGGAUGCUGAGUUGAAAGGCGAGAUAAAGAAUGUAAUGUAAUGUGUUUUUUAUCAUUAAAAAAUACCUAGGUACAUUGAAACUGAAACUGUAAACAAAAUUUAAAAAAACAUUUUUAUUUCAAUAAUAAAUUAAUAUAAAGCUCGAUUUUU